ACACCACGCACCCGAAGCACACUGGGUACUGUAGAUACCCCUCCCACCCCGCCAGCCCACCCCUCGCCGCCCCCUGCACCUCACCCGCCCCACAGACGGGACACAUCUAUCCUUCGCUACCCCACCACGAGCGGGAUCCCCUUUUCCAUACGUUAUUCAACCGAUAUAAUUGGCCGACAUGGGUGCUUUCGAUGGGCUCAGAGGCGACCAGGCGACAUCAGGAUUUUGGGGAGAACAUACGAGUACAAUCGACUGGUGUGAGAACAACUACACCCACACUCGCUACAUUGCCGAGUUUGUCAACACGCUCUCCAACCUCCCGUCCAUCUUCAUCGGCUUUUACGGCGCCUACGCAGUCCUGCAGAACAGGCUGCCUAAACGGUUCGCGAUCUGCUAUCUGGGUCUGAGCAUGAUAGGGCUGGGCAGCUUUGGGUUCCACGCGAGUCUGAAAUGGGAGUGGCAGUUGAUGGAUGAGUUGCCCAUGAUCUAUGUCGUCUCUUACGCGGCAUACCUCGUGCUCGACACUCGUCCUGGAUGGGAACCACGGUUCGGCGUCUGGGGACCAUUGGUGAUGUUGGCCUGGGACGUGUUUGUGACGGUGUCAUACAUCUGUCUCCCGAACCCGGUCUACCACCAAGUCGCGUUCGCGGCCAUCCUUAUCACUUCGACCCUCCGGACGCUCGUGCUUAUCCUCAAGCGUCUUCCCGAGGGCCACCCGGCCAGAGCGACAAUAGGCAAGCUCAUGGGAUGGGGCGUGGGCAUCUUUGCGGCGGGCUUUGCGAUUUGGAAUAUCGACAAUAUUUUCUGUGAACAGUUCAGAGAGAUACGGGCUGCUAUAGAGCCGUUUGACUUUUUGGUACAAGGACAUUCAUAUUGGCAUUACAUGACUGGCUACGGAGCGUAUUUGAUCUUUACGGCUUCGAUAUACCUCCACUGUCUGAUCAAGGACGACCCGGACGCGUACGAUAUCACCGGUUACUGGCUUCCCUUGAUCAAGCGCAAAGCGACCAUGAGCCCCAAGCACGGCGAGAAGAUGACUUUGGCCCCUACCGAGAAGCUGGACUAGGUCUUUUCGCCCCGCGCUUUGUGUAAACAUUAUUCAAGAGAAGAGAUUAAAGGACAAGAGAGGAAAGGUUGGAGAGAUGUGCAUACAGUACUCAAGGGUUCCCAUUCUUCAUCAUGCGGCUCUUUCGUCGCCAUUAGAGCUUUUAUUUUCGCAUAUACUCGUUUUGUGGUAGAUUCUUUACACAGUUACUUUGGGCAUCAGACUCAUGCAAGCAGCAAUCAUGGACAGCAAGAUACCGGGGGGAUAGGUUGUGGCUUGAUUGACUAUCUGCUGAUGGCAAGCACACUUCCUAUCCCCCUUG